UGGACGCUUUCAGUACAUGAUCACUCUGGCGCUGGUGUUUCAGCGGGACUCUCCGGCGGACAGCAGCUUAACCAUGUAUCCGAAUUGCACUUUCUAAACUCGCAGGGGCGGGGGGAGGUAUCGCUCGGUACCCUCGGUGUGGAGACCGCCAUGUUUUCCUGAUGGCAAAAGUGAACUGUUUUCUCUCAUACCGUGGAUAAAAUACUGACAGAGAUCUUGAAUGCCAAAGGAACAGGGGCAUUUCGGGGAGCGGGCUGUUCGUAGCGCCUCAAAGAAUGCCAAGGAUAAGAGUAACAGUGCCACGCUGCGGGCGUCCCAGAGUGGCGCCCACAUGGAGCAAUCUGGGAUGGGUGACGUGAGCAAGCGCAUGCUACGCUGUGACUCAGAGAAGGACUCUGAAAAGGACUCUGGGUACUCAGAGGCUGGCUCAGACUUUGUUCACACUGAUGUAGAAGACCAGCGCAGCAGUGUGAGCGAGCCCCACAGGGAAAGCAGCAAAAGCUCCAACAGCAGCAACAACAGUAUAAAUGCUGCAGGCCACAGCAUGCCUCCGUACGAGGAGCUCACCCCCAUUUACGUCAUCAAGAACUUGGUGGUGAAGCCGUCUAGAUCAGAACAGCUUCUGCAUGGCCCCCUGGCAUGGGGCGGAGGUUGGCACAGCCUUACCAGUGCCAAAGCACCCACCCAGCUCUUACUGAUCCAGCAGCCAGCGAUGCCCGCUCCGUCCAUAACUACCCCGACUCCUUCAUCCAGUCAAGCUGCACCUCAAGGUCAAGUUAAAACGGCAGGCAGCCGCAGCCACCAGAACCACAGCAGCAAGAACUCAUACCUGCCCAUUCUGAAUUCUUACCCUCGCAUCGCCCCCCACCCCAGGAAGGAGAGCCACGAGGGCAAGGGUCCUACGUGGGUGGAGGGGGUGAAGGAGAGUGGCAGUGAAGGCCAGAGCCAGAGCAAGAGAGUGUGCAUUGAGGAAGAGAAGAGGGAGGUGGUAUCUACCACCAGCCACCUCCUGAAGCCGACGCAGCAUCAAAAAGAGGGCAGAGUUCAUUCCAGCUCCCAGUAUAAAGGCAGAGGGCACGGCUCCUUUCCCACCUUAUCUCCCUGUCCACUGCCCAGCCACUCCACCUCCACCACCCAGCACAAGUCCCACCACUGCCAACAGAGCUCAGGCUCCGACAGCGUGGGCUCGCCCUCCGUCUCCAGCUCCCAGACACCCUCGCCGCCUUCUUCCUCAGAAUCCCCUUCAUCCUCCUCUCCUCCCUCUUCAUCGCCUUCAUCCUCCGCCGCUCACAGCCCGUACUGCCUGGCUCCGGACAGCUCGUCUACACGCCAGCGCCGUUUCCUCAACACAGCCGAGAUCCUGAACCAGUCAGGCCUGCUGGCAAUCACGCUGCGCACCAAGGAGCUGCUGAAGCAGAACGCCGCCACCGAGAGAGAAAUCGCCCAACUCCGCCAGCACACUCAUCUCCUGUGUCAGGUGGCCCAGGGCGGCCAGAGCGGGUGCAACGAUGGCUCAGACAGCCUGGACAAAGUCCUCCAGGCCAUGAUCAAGUCAGCCUCAUACCCCAACUUGGACUUAAAUCAGCUGAAAGCACUCAGCAGCAGUUACCAACAGAGCAAAACUAGAACUGAGGAAGACAAAGAGAAGGACAACAACAACAUAAGAGCCACUAAGACGGACAGCAGCUCACUGCAGGUGGUGUCUUUACACAAGAUAGAUGACGGGACAUCGCCCCCCUCACCGCUGUUUGCUCCCUCGCCAGACACAGAGGACGCACUUCACUCUGACGAUCCUCUGGACCUCAUGUCCACCUCCCUCUCUGUUUCUUUGCCCAGGCCUAUCCCUGAACAAGGACACAGGCCUGCAGUCAUGGACAAGGACUUAAGUGAUCUCAGUAUGUUGCCAGAAAGCUCAACGCACAAUAACUAUCUCCUCUAGCUUCCUGGGGACGUGGGGACGUGGAUCUGUAAUGACUGGCCAGGAGACGUGGACCUAGCAAUACAGGAGAGCGUGGGUUUUAUUUGAUUAAUUUAACACGUCUGCGUAAAACUAACUGGCUGAAAGGGUAGAAUGGCGAUUUUCUGAUCUUGAUUAACACACAUGAUUUAAAGUUGAGUGUGAUUGAUGUAUUUUCCUACUUUGUAGUCAGGGAUUUGCUCAUCCCAGGUGCCCAUUUUUCACAGAUAAUUUUGCCUGUCCUUCUGGUGGUCUCAUUCACAGCCAGCGAUGGAUGUCCUCUAAAUGUGAUAAGAAGCAAUGAGACACAACUGAAACGUGUUUACAGAGAAACAGAAAAUACGAGUCACAUACUUCUGUAACCAUCUCUCAGGUCGGUUGUGGAGAUUUACAGCAUUUCUGUGUUUAUUAAGUCUUUUACUUUGAUGAGAUCGAGAAAAGAAAAUACCAUUUCACAUAGGAGCUGACAAGCUUACAGCAGUUAUUAUUAGAGUAUUUUAUGAUUGCUUUCGCUCAGUUUUCACAGAAGAGUUUCAGUGUGCAAGACUCUAAAUGCAGAGAGCCGGUCUGUCUGAAUUCAUCCCUUUAAAUACAUGAUGCUGUCCUUACAUACCGAGUGCAAACAUUACAUUACCUGCUCGACCCUCAU